AUGUUAGCUGACAACCAUGAUCUGGACUCUUUGGACCGUGUAAAUCAACAGAAGCUCCUCGUCCCAGUGAAGGAUGUCAAACUGGAGGUUCCUGACAGUGUGAAGCUUCCACUCUGUGCUGUUCAGCACUCCUCGCAAACUCAUUUCCUGCUAAAAAACGUCAGUAGGCUCCAUGCAUCUUUUAAAUGGGACUGUGCGGCACCGUUUCAGCUGAGGCCCGAACAAGGCCUACUGAAAGCUGGUCAGAAGUGUUGCAUCACGGUGGUCUUUCAGCCACAGGAGGAACUGGUGUACCAGCAGCAGGCUUUCUGCAGAUUUGGAGAAGGGGAUAAAGCUGAUAACUGCAGCACUGUCCUUCUACUGGGAGAAGCAAAGUACCCCUAUCUUCAGUUACAAAUUCCCAGUAACAAAGAAGAAAAACACCAUGAGCAACCAGUGUUGCAUUUUGGGUCUGUGACAGUUGGCUGGAGUUUGUGUAAACGCUUUAGCAUCUUUAACCCAUGCCCUGUAAACGUGUCUUUUUCUCUGACACAAGUGCCCGGUGUUGAAACCUUGUUUGAACCAGAGUUUAGCUGUGAUAUCACCAGCGCUGAGUUGGCCCCUGGUGGAUCACGUCAAGCAACAGUCACUUAUUCUCCUACUGUGGUGGACACUGUUUCUGUUGAUUACUUGUCUCUUAAAUAUGGGGGCACACUCACCGAAUCUCAGCUCAAACUCACAGGAAAAUGCAUAGGUCCUAGAGUUUCCUUGUCCUCCACUGUUUUGGACUUUGGAUGUGGUAAAGAAGGACAAUCAGUAGUUCAGACAGUGCAGCUGUUUAAUUCUUCCCCUGUUCAGGCUAUCUACCAGUGGGAUAUUGACUGUGUGAACAGUGUAUUUAGUAUUCUACCAGCAAGCGGCACUGUGCUCCCACAUAGCCAUAUCAAACUGAAGGCAGUUUAUAAACCUACACACCCUUUGGCACACUACAGAAGAGUGGCAUGCCUCAUACUUCACAGGGAACCAUUGUUUCUGGAUUUGAUUGGUACUUGCCAUUCAGAAUCCCAGCAACCAGAAAUAUUGAAACCUGAACACAGACAUAACUCACUAGAUUCAACCACAAAGCAAGAUCAAAAUACACAUGAGGACCAGCAGGGGGUGCACUUUCCUACAGAGGAGACAAAUCAAAACCCAAACCGUGCUCCUGUCAUUUCUACCACCCCCACAGAGGAGUUUGAUCAAAUCAUCAUGGGGCGCAUGGAGAGCCUCACUUUAAAUCCUUCACCAUUUCCACUUGUAACCAUGGAGCCAAGUGAACUGCUGUUCAAUCACAAAAUUAUAUCUUCCACAGUGUUUUCAUCUUCUUUUGUUAAGUUUGUUUCCAUCAGAAGCCACACCAGAGGAAAUCUCAGACUGGUGUGGACUGUUGCUCCAGAUUCUCCCUUCUCAGUCACUCCCACAUCAUAUGACAUGGCCCCACUGACAUCCAAUGCAUUUCAAGUCACGUAUGACCCCAAACAGCUCAAUACCCUGCACGGAGGACAACUUGAGUGCUUUGCAUAUUAUAAGGACAGUUCUGAUGCACUGAUGAUGCAUCCACCCUGCUGUUUGACUGUCAGAGUCAUCGGACACUCCUUUCAGCCAGGAAAACAUUUUACACCCAGCUGCUUCUUGAACCCUUCUCAAGUGGUCUUUCCAGCCCUAGGUGUUAUUUCCUCUCGGACAGUGCUCCUGCAGAACAAUGCAGAUCUGCCACUCAGCUUCUGCCUGAACAUCUCAGACUACACAUCUGUAGAAUCCAUGCAUGUACUGCCAGGCUGUGGUUUGAUCCAGCCAAAGAAUCACCAAAUCAUAACCGUCAGAGCAAUUCCCACAGAGGACAGUCCCAAACAAGGGUUCAACUUAUCGCUACAGCUCAAUGCAGCUAAUUUCACAAAGGAACUAAGAGUUGUGAGUGUGGCGGAAAAGCCGUGUGUGUCUUUGGAAAGUGGCAGCAGUUUAUAUUUCCACCCAACGAUUGUGGGAUCAAAAACCCAGCGCACCCAUCACAUCAGGAACUUAAGCCGCCUGGCUGUACAGUUUCAGUGGAGCAUUCCAGAGGCAGAACAGAAGCUUAUCUCUGUCGAACCAGAUGCUGGUGAACUGCAUCCCAAUGAGCGCUCAAUCCAGACAUGGUUCUUCAGUCCUCUGGCAGAGAAAAUAUACACACUCAAACCCACUCUCAACUUUUGGCCAGUCCAGAGCGAUGGCUCUAACAAGUUGCAUCUUCCUCUUGAAGUGACCGGAAUGGGUUCAAUGGGCUCCAUAGAGACAGAGAAAGCAGUCAUAGAUGUGGGAGCGAUUGCAGUUGGAACCUGUCGAUUAAUUGAGAUUCCUCUCGUGAACAACAGCCCCUGUCCCGUCUCUUUUCAUCUCUCUGUACAGCAGAUACAAAUAGAUGUUCACCCUUAUGACUCUGAAGAGGAUGACAGUGCUCUUCAUCUGGAUUUUGAAACGGGAACUAUGCCCUCACAUUUCAAACUGCUACUCCCAUCAACUCUCAGAAUAUGCACACAGGCACAGCACCACUGGGCUAUCAGCUACCACAUUCUAAAUAGUAAUGGUCAUGAUCCAAGUCCUCCUCAGAAACUGUGUGAAGUCCAAGCUAAGGGGGUGUACCCCACCCUACAGGUGGUUGAUUUAUGUAGCAGUGGCAGUACGGGCAGACUCAGCAAGCCGCAUUUGUGGAAACUCUUCUCUUUGGAUAGCCUCAAUGAAUACCUGCUUGAUGCUCCCUCCCCUACAGAACUCACCUUCAAAACCCCAACAAAGCACAGUAUACGCAGUUGUCCUUCCUUCUUCACCAGUGUCAUGUUGGAUUUCAUCUUUAGUUCUGCUCCCCUUAAUUCAGAACCAUCAGAAAUUAUGUUGAUGUUUUACAACCCUGGUUCUGUCCGUGUAAACUGGGCAUUCUUAUUUCCAGAGGACCAGCAGAUGGGGCUGAAGGACUGGGCGGUGAGUGGAGAGUUCAGCAGCACAGAGCUGCAUUGGAUGAAGGUUCAAAUCAAUCAAAUAUUUAAUGUUUCCCCUAAAUCUGGAACUUUGCUUCCUGGCCAGAAGCAGGCAGUACAAUUCAUCUACAGUCAUGACUUCAUUGGAACAAAUCGACUUCUUGUUGUGUUCAAACUCACUUAUGGCAGAAAGAUCUUGCUAAACUUGCAGGGAGUGACAGUGGAGAAAGAGGAACCAUAUCUCAACUUUGCCCCUAAGCAACAUAUAUUCAGCCCUGUAGCAAUUGACGACACUAGUCCUCCGUGGCAGGUGUAUGAACUGUACAAUGGAGGAGCAGUGCCAGUACAUUAUGAAGUGGAUAAAGCUGUGUUGUCACAGCUUCAAGAGGACAACUUUAACCAUCCGGUGUUGAGCUGUCUCAGUCCAGAGGGAGAAGUUCCUCCUGGGAAGACAUCCACACUUGAGUGGAUCUUCUCUCCACUGGAGGCCAAGAUGUAUCAUAUGGAUAUUCCUAUUUACAUAAAAGAAAUGGUCUCCUCGAUAACUGUGAAGUUUGAAGGACGUGGAGUUGACUCGUCAACACUUGGCUCCUCCACCGUCUUUACGGACAGCAGUAGUAAGGCUGAUGUACACCGUGUCCAGAGGGAGCCCUUCCCAGGACAGGUGUUGUUCCUAUCAGAAGACAGUGUCUUUCUAGGCAAUAUUCCUGUUUGCGCACAGAUGUCAAGAAUCUUCUUCCUCACCAACGUGUCCCACACAGACACUCUUCACUAUACGUGGGAGCUUCCCCAGCCCAGGAACCAGCAGGUGGUGCAGCUCCAUCCAGAGCGAGGCAGUCUCUGUCCGGGGGAGUGCACCCUUUGUGUCCUGACCUUCAUUCCCACUGAUUACCCCACCGUUUAUCAACUUGAGCUCAUAUGUCAGGUUUUACAAGAGGCUUCGUUUGCUCAGUAUCGUGAUGAAUUGCGGUGCUGGGAGGAAGAGAAGGAAAGACAGCAAAACGAGUUCAUAAUCACAGACAAAAACAUCUUGAGGAGUCAAAGAGUUUUGAUGGAUGAGAAACCUGUAGCACCUCCUACAAGAAAAGGGCCACCACCACUCUUGAAAUACAAGCCUCUUCCUCCAAUCCCUGUCAGUAACAAAGCAGUUAGUAAGUUCGGUGUCACAGAAACAAGAGCUGAGCGACGGCUGCAACGAGAAAUGGCAAAAAUAUGGAGGCGGCCUCAACCCCCCGAACCCGCUCUGCUGCACCUAAGUGUUACAGCUCACUCCCAUGGAUCUAUGGAAUACUUCAAACACUUUCCUGACCAGUACCAUAAGUAUUACAGAAAAUUUCAGUCAAGAACAAACAACCAAACUGUACCACAUUCUCCACGUACAUCUGUCCCUGCUGGGCCGUUUACAUCGACUCCUGGCCCUUCGAGAGACAUCCAGGAGCGCAUCCUAACUUUUCUGCUCAAUGAUGUACUGGAGGAUUCAACCUUUGUCCAGUCUCUGGCUACUUUAUCUUCUAAGAUCCGCACUUACCAGCAGAUAAAAAUGUCUCCCACUCCACAUCCCCUUUCUACUUCUUCAUCUUCUUCUGAGCCUCGUGUUCUUUUUGAGACAGUCGACAGAGAGGGGGCUGAAGAAACACAGACUACAUUACAGCCUGAGCUCGCACCUGCUGAUAUGUGUGAGACUAUUUUGAUUAAUACACUUCAGAACCUGAUGACUGAAGCUGUCAGAGGAGAAUUUGACCUCACAGCACAUCCCUGAUCCGUUAUCCUCCCUCCUCGAUCAGUGAAGUGAAUACAGACUAAUGUCCAGA